UUUACCCAGCACACCCAUCACCAUGGUUCGGCAAAGGAAGAGGAAACCACCUUAAGCCCUCUGCAGAUGAUCAGGACGCGUUCAGAGGCAGAGAGAAUGGCUGGUGCAGGGUCGCCUUGUGGUGCCUGCAAGUUUCUCCGAAGAAAGUGCGUGGCGAACUGUAUAUUUGCACCGUACUUCUGUUCGGAGCAAGGGGCGGCCCGGUUCGCCGCCAUCCAUAAGAUCUUCGGUGCAAGCAACGUGUCGAAGCUUCUGCUCCAUGUGCCGGCGUCGGAGCGGAGCGAGGCGGUUGUCACCAUCGCCUACGAGGCCGACGCGCGCAUCAAGGACCCCGUCUAUGGCUGCGUCUCUCAAAUCUUUGCACUGCAACAGCAGGUAGCAACACUACAAGCACAAGUGAUGCAAGCUAAGGCUCAGUUGGCUCACAACAUGGGCGGCCUGCAGCUGCCGGCGGAGAACCAGUGGGCAAAGAGCGGCGGCGGCGCUCACCCGCACCAUCCACACGGCCAGUACACGACGGGCCAGCAGGGGACGCUGCAGCCGAGGGGAAGGUCCUGCAGGAAGCUGGAUAAUGAAACAGCCGCAGCUAAUUAUGUCCACCAUGGACGUAGUUUCAACGACGAAGGUGCGUCUCCUCCUAGUGAGAGCUCCACCGAUUGUGUCGACAACGAGGGCGAAUCGUUCUUCCCGCAUUCAUCAGCUGCUCAAAACUGUAACAUGAAAUGGUUGCCCCAUGAUGAACUUGGGGAGCUGCAGGCUCUAGCAUUGAGGAUGAUGGGCAACUGAUUGAUUAAUGUUUGAAGCAUGUACGUUACAUAUAACACCUAAUUAAAUAGCUUAACCACGUGAGACUAAUUAAUAUUCGAUCGGGGCCAUUGCAGUCAGGUGCUCAGGCUUUUAAUUUGCUUCAAUAUCAAUGCCAGCAGUACUACUCCGAAACUAGCUAAAGGAGGUGGGUUAUGUGUAACAGGUAUAUGUACAUUAC